AUGGCCCUUUCACUACUCGCCCUCUUGGCCCUGGCCCCCGCCGGCAUCCUCAGCCUUACAACGCCCGGCGGCGUCGCCCGCCGCGCCGUGGACUGGAGCAAGUGGAAGCCUGGCGUGAGCUUCCAGAUCGUUCUUCACCACCCCAUCAAGGCCGAGGCGCUAGCAGACAUCGUCCCUGCCGAGGCAUCAGUCUGGGAUAUCGACCUGCAGCACGCGGUAGACUACGAAAACAUUAUUCCCACCCUCAAGUCGGCCGGAAAGAUCGUGAUCUGCUACUUCAACGGCGGCGCCGUUCAAGACUGGGACGAGGACAUUGAUGCCUUCCCCGCCGACGUCAUCGGCUCGCCCCUGAACCCGCCUUACACCGACGAGCGCUACCUCGACAUUAGGGACGCCCGCGUCGUGGAUCUCAUGAAGAGACGCCUCGAGCGAGCUGCGGACAUCGGCUGCGACGGCGUGGACCCGGACAACAUUGACGCCUGGGUGGAGGACGGCGAUGACCCGACAGGCUUCAGUCUCACCCCCUCCGACUACGCGACCUACAUCACAUCUCUCGCCGCCCACGCUCACAUCCUCACAACAACCUCCUCGCGGCCCCUUCUCCUAGGACAGAAGAACGCACCCACAAUCGCGCCCCAGCUGUCUUCCGUCGUCGACUUCGCCGUGCUGGAGACGUGCCUCGGCACGCGGACCUCUGACGAGGUCGAGCCCUUCUGCGCGGAUUUCCAGCCUUACGUCGAGGCAGGGAAGCCCGUGUUCCAGAUCGAGUACCCGACGAGCGUCCGGGACGACGUGGAGAUCAGCCAGACAGACUAUGACUACUUCUGCGUCAACAAGAAUGGCAACGAGGGGUUCAGCGAGGUGUUGAAGCACGCGAGCGAACAGGUGGACGGGUGGGGUCAGUUCUGUGGGCUGGGCAGGACGGGGGGCAGAUUCGAGACGCCGACUGUUGACGAGGAUGAGGAAUGA